AUGUCGUCAAAGACUAUGUUGAUCGGCCUCAGUAUUUUUCGUUGUGGCCACGAAAAAUCCGUUCAUGGAAGACCUUCUUGGGAGCUCGCUCCGUUCGAUUGCACAUCCCAAAUUACUGAAGAUUUUGCCUCGUGGUGCAAACUUGUUUCAAAGCAAUGCUGCUCCAGUGGGUGCGCUGAAGAGUGCGGAGUGGUUCACGUUUCGACGCAAUUUUUUAUUUUGGACAAGGCUAAGGCACUUCCCAUUAGGAUAGGGAGUCAAACAGUAUGGCAAGCCAUCAGAUUGGAAUUUAUUGACAACAAAGACAAAAUGAUAGCAAAAGAUUACGAACUACACGAUAGGUAUGAUUUCCUGUGCUGACUGUAUUAUACACGGUAAUUUAACAUAUUCGCAGUUCCCAAAAUUCUCUCAAGCAAAAGAUCGCCACAUUUUUCAACUUUUGAAGUGGGACGAUUUGGGAGAGGAAUCACCACCUGUGUAUUUGGUACUGGUGAAGCGCUGUCAAAUGAAUACAGAAAAUUCAGUCAAUGA